UUGUUCAUGCACUGAUCACCAUCCUAACAGCAUAGAAAUGACUCAAGGCCGCGUCAUUGUUGUUCUCACCUUCUUGAGCAUCAUCUUGGCUCGUUCCGAUUUUUCUGAUGCGAAAACUCUUCGAACCAACCAUGGAAAAGUCAACUACACAGAGGCAGAUAAAGAAUGCAGAUCAAAAGAUUUUAGAAGUCAUCUUGCAAAAAUUCAAACUAUCGAAGAACUUCAGUUGGCUAAAAAUGUAUCAAAUAAUACUAACGGUGUAAAGUACUGGAUGGGUCUCAACAUCUGGAAUGGUACUUGGAAAUGGAGUGAUGGAAAGGCUGCUUCUGGAAAACUUACCGAUAUUGUGAAAAAUUAUAAUGACACAGAAGCUUUGUCUAUAGAACCUAAGAUGUUCUGUUGUGUAGUAACCCAUGAUCCUUUCCUGGAGUGUACCAACUGUAGCGAGCAGCACGCCUCUCUAUGUGAAGACUUCCAAGAAAAUAACUUCACUCAAGUGGAUUCUAAUGCAAGCUGCAUUCCAGUAUUUCCUCCAGUUACUGCAUCCGCAAGAAACGCUUCCUGUAUAUUCUAUGAGUAUAAAGGCGAAUUUUGCAAGGAUAUAAUCAAAAGUUUGUACGUUUAUGGUAACCAAACGACACUGGAUCUUGGAGAAGUGGAAACUGAGUCAUUUAAUGCUUAUUUCGAAUGGUUUGACAUCUCAGAAAAAUGUCAACCUAUAAUCAAAGAUUUAUACUGCCGCUAUUACUUCCGGCCUUGCGACGAAUCCUUGGGCGAGCCUACAGAUCGCAGGAUUUGUCGCAGCUCAUGCGAUUAUUUGAUGGACGAUGUUUGCAAAAAAGAGGCGGAUGUUCUCAAAAUAGCAGUGGUUUCGUCCCCACACAUCGACUCAAAGAUGAUUAAUUGCUCGUUCUACCAACCUGCUAAUGGUGGAGAUGCUCCUGAGUGCUAUGAGUGGCCAGAUAUCCCUGGUGACAACACAAACAGCAUAGAUUGUUACUUUGGAGUCGGUCUUGGUUACCGAGGUAAUGUGAACGUCACCCGGUCUGGUCGUACAUGUCAGUCUUGGAAAUCCCAGUGUCCUCAUCGUCACUGGCGGGUCCCUGAAGAUGUCGCUGAAUCCAAAAAUGACUCGAACCUGUGUCGUAAUCCGGAUAGCAGUGCCCUAGAUGGACCGUGGUGUUAUACCACAGACCCAAACGUCCGAUGGGAAUAUUGCAACGUAUCUCGUUGUCCUCCAGGAAGUAAAGGAAAACCGCCGCCGCCAAUAGACUUCAUAGUAGAGAAUGUGCAGACAAGAUAUUUGAUAUUGACUUGGGAUGAGCCAGUAAAUGCCAGCCUUCACCAAAUACAAAGCUACACCAUAGAGCGAUGGACAUCAAGAUCGAAGAACAUUACGAAGACAGUUCCUUACCCUGAGUCCAAAAUGAUCAUGAAGGACUUGGAACCCUCUACCGAAUACACUCUUAGAUUAUCAAGCAACAAUAUGUAUGGAAGGUCAGAUGGUGUAUUUUUAACACAGAACACACUGCCAGACAGGUUUAUUGUGAAUUUAAUGCUGAUCAUAGUUUUGCCGCUGGGCUUAGCAUUUAUAUUCAUCGUGAUUGUUUGUGUCAAGUUUGGAUCAAAUUGCAAUUCCAGGCCAAAUAAAGUUUAUGAUGAGACAGAAAUUUCCAUUCGUCGCAACUGGGAGGAGAUUCGCAGAUCAGAUGUUAUCCUUCAACAUAAGCUGGGGGAAGGUGCGUUCGGAGAAGUGUUUAAAGGCGUGGUGUGCAUAAAGGGAAAUGCUAGGGCAUGUGCAAUCAAGAAGCUUAAAGCCAAUACUACAGAAAAAGAGAAGGAAGACUUGCUCAACGAGCUUCAAAUCCUGGUCACAAUUGGUGAACAUCCUAAUAUCAUAAGUCUUAUUGGAGCGUGUACCAAGUCUGAAUCAAUUUUGGUGAUUGUUAGUUUGGCUCCAAAUGGCUGUUUGCUAAACGAACUGAAGAAGAACAGAGAAAAUCCAUACUACAAUGAUUCUAUAACAUCUGUCGGAUUCACACGCGUCGACAAAUUGAAGAUUGCAAGAGACGUCGCCUGUGGAAUGUCUCACCUCGCAAGUAAAAAGUGUGUUCAUCGUGACCUUGCUGCAAGAAACGUGCUUCUUGGAGACAGGAAUGUUGCGAUGGUUUCCGACUUCGGCUUGUCACGUGAUGUUUACGAAAGUGGCGAAUACGAGACUUUAUCCAGGGGAAUGUUACCAGUUCGUUGGAUGGCCCUUGAGUCUUUGGACUUCUUCACAUUCAACACGAAGACAGACGUGUGGUCGUUUGGAGUGCUUCUAUGGGAGAUCGAGUCAGAAGGUAUAAUGCCAUAUUGCGAACUUGGAGGAGCAAUGGAAAUCAUCGAAUAUCUACAGUCAGGACAAAUUUUAGCGAAACCGGAUGGAUGCCCGAAUGAAAUUUACGAGAUAAUGAAGUCCUGCUGGGAUCUGGAUCCGAUGAAACGUCCAUCAUUUGUAGAUCUUUUGGCGUCACUAGAGAAAGAACUUACUAAAACAAAAGACGAUCUGCUGAAAGAUAAGAGCCUCCUAGUUAAUGAAGCAGGGUGGUACUUCAGAUAAAAACACGGCCAUGCAGUGUAAUGAAGUCACUGUUGUUACGUUCCCUUGUCGAGGGAGAGGGAAAAGUUAAUAAUUAGGAAUUAACAAUAAAUCCCUCACACUGUUACAUCAAUGUAUGUACUACUUAAAAACCAUAACCUUGCAUUAAAAAAAAAAAUUCUGUCUUAUAUUACAUACACCAUGAGGAAAAGUGCAAAUUUAUUUUCACUUAAACUGAUAACUUACACCAAUAAUAGUUAUCACUAUAUCUGCCCCUACCUUUUGGUGAUGUAAUUUUUUGAUAAUAGAAAAUGUCCCGAGAGUUUUGAGGGAGAUUUCUCAUGUAGUUAGUAGAUUACAAUAAAAUAUCAGUAAAAAAAUCUGUGCUACAACAGAGAGCUUCUCAGAUGGUUUUCAGUAAUUUUGGCAGCCAAGAGAUUGCUGCCUAGCUUCGGAGAUCGAACAAACCUUUAAAUGUCCCGACCUCACCUUUUUUGUCUUUAGAAAACUUGCAUCUAAACGUAUUGAUUAGUCAGUAAUUCAGUGCAGAGAUAUUAUAUAGAAACAUUUAAUAUCCAGUUUCAUCUUUGUUAUUUCAUAACAUUUGCACAUUUGCCGUAUAUACUGCUGCGUCAGUUUCCUUGUUUAACUUCAUCAGUUGAAAGGAAGCAUUGACUCGUAAGAAACAGUUUUUGAGCCGAUACAUUGACUUUUACAACCGUAAUAUUGCAGUAUCUUUGUACGGAAGGGAAGUUAUUAUUUUUAUUUUGAUCAUCAUUAUCAUUAUUAUGGAUU